GAGGUUCAAUAUUUGAACAACAUUGGGUGAGUUGUAACAUUUUCCCAUGGAUGGCCUAAUGCCAUUUGUGGUCGGUAGAAGCUCGGUAAAAUCACCAUCGUCAUCUCUAAGUAGAGGUGAGAGGAUACAACACGAAAAUAAAGCUACAUGCGCCAAUGAAUGAAAUAACCCACAACCCGAAUGGAUAUAUGAACAUAAGAUGUACUGAGGAUCAAUGAAUGGUUCUCCAGCUACAAUCUUCAUUUUAUUUAAAGCUGGCAGUUAGACGCCAUGCUUUCCGCCUUUACAGCUCGACCUAUCGUUGAGCUUCGCCAGCGAGACAAAUCGAAGAUUGAGUCUAUACUUGCAUUUGGUAAGUUUACAGCUUGAGGAAGAAGCUUCAACUAAUUAUAUACAGGCGAUCGAUUAAUAGUUGGUCUAAAUACGGGAAGUUUACGCAUAUAUCAAGUGAACGACACACCGGGCGAUGUCGGUUUACUUCGAGAGGUCGAGAAGUUCUCUACUCGAGCAAUAGAGCAACUCGCACGAAUAAAGGAGGCCAAUGUUUUGAUAUCUUUAUCGAAUUACUAUGUCUCGAUACAUGAUCUGCAGACGUAUGCCUUGCAGGAACAGUUGACGAGGACUAAGAAUGCUUCCACUUUCGCCGUAACAUCAAAUAUUGUCAAAGACCCAGCCACGGGAAUACCAGAAAUUAUAUCAAGACUUGCAGUUGCCGUCAAACGAAGGUUGUUGAUAUGGUCAUGGCACCAAUCUGAGUUGUCGUCCGAGACGACGGAAAUUACGCUCGCAGAAUCUAUUCGAACUUUGACUUGGGCAUCUGCGACUAAGAUAAUUUGUGGCAUGAACUCUGGAUAUGUCAUUGUCGAUAUCAAUUCCCAUGAAAUUGAAGAUAUUGUUGGGCCAGGAGCUAUUGGAGGCGCGACAAGUAAUCAAGGCGGUAGAUUUGGUGGUAUGGGUUCUGCAAGCAUGGGUUAUAUGGGUCUAGGAGGCUAUAUACCCAAGCCAUUGGCGACGAAGCUUGCAGAUGGAGAAAUUCUGCUUGCGAAGGAUAUAAAUUCUCUUUUCAUAACAUCGGAAGGGAAGCCAAUAGAGAAAAGACAAAUCCCUUGGCAGCCAGCGCCAGACGCUAUUGGAUAUUCGUAUCCAUAUAUUAUUAUUCUUCAAGCACCAUCUAAAGGAAUGCUCGAGGUUAGGAAUCCGGAUACCCUAUCCCUUUUGCAAACGAUACCGCUGCCUAACGCGAAUCAAUUGCAUUUCCCACCUCCGAAUAUUAGCUUAGCACACGCUGGAAAAGGUUUCCAUGUGGCUAGUGAGCGAUGUAUAUGGCGAAUGGGCGCUACGGAUUAUGAUUCACAAAUUGACGAACUCGUUGCAAAGGGACGUUACGAUGAAGCACUUAGCAUCCUUAAUAUGCUCGAAGAUGCUUUACUAAAUAAUAAGACUGAACGGGUACAACAAGUAGAAGCUCUCAAGUCGAAACUUCACUUUGAUCAACAAAUUGAGCAAGCUCAGGCUUUGUUUAAUCAACGCAAGUACCGUGCAGCAAUCGAUAUAUUUAUUGCUAUUGAAGCACCUCCGGAACAUGUGAUCAAGUUGUAUCCGAAGGCAAUUGCUGGUGAUCUAUCGGUAGUUGAGGAGAAAAAUGGCGAUGUCGAAACAGAUAACGAUGAAGCCAAUGGUAGUGCAAAUAGCGAUUCAGAUUCCAAGGAUUCCCUAAAGCCAGCCGCCGUCAAGAAAUUAAUUAGGAACCAUCAAAAAUCUAGCUCGGAUGCAUCGUCAAUUAGAUCCUUUGUGAAGCAUGAUAACUCAGACAAUGACAAUGCAAGUAUAAAAGCAGUUCCAGUUGAAGAUGGCCCUCUCGAAGGCAAAGAUCUCAUUACAGCAGCCAAGGAGCUUAACGCUUUCCUUGUGGAUGCGCGAACGAGACUGAAGAAGUUCUUAGAUUCCGAGACCGGCAAAAUCAUUCAUCCGAAAGAAAAUGGCCACGGAGAAGCACCUGAACCCACAUUUGAUUCUCUUCUGGCUGCUCCCGAGUCCGAAGCUGAAGCAGAGAAAGACCGCGAGCAAAAAUUGCUGGAAACCGCGAAAUUAGUAGAUACUACUCUUUUCCGUUCUUAUAUGCUAUCAAUGCCGAGUUUGGCGGGACCACUCUUUCGAUUGCCAAACUUCUGUGAUCCAGAUGUGGUCAAUGAGAAACUAUUAGAGACCGGAAGAUACAAUGACCUCGUUGAUUUCUUCCAUGGCAAAAAAUUGCAUCGUCCUGCAUUGGAGCUUCUCAAGAAGUUUGGUAUGGGAGAAGAGGAGAAUGAACAAGCUCCAACGUUACAUGGACCUCAAAGAACCGUUGGCUAUCUUCAACAUUUACCUCCCGAGAUGAUUGAUCUGAUUCUCGAAUUCGCAGAAUGGCCUCUACGAGCUGAUCCUGAUCUUGGUAUGGAAAUAUUCCUAGCUGAUACAGAGAAUGCGGAGACAUUACCGAGAGAGAAAGUCCUCAAUUUUCUGCACAACAUCGAUAUCAAUCUUGAGGUUAGGUACUUGGAGCAUGUGAUCAAUGAGCUUAAUGAUAUGACUGCCGAUUUUCAUAAUCGACUUGUUGGGGCAUAUAUGCAAGAAUUGAAGCAGAGGCUGGAUAGAGAUUCCGAACAAUGGAAAGAUCUGAUGGGACGAAUGGUAUCGUUCUUACGGUCGAGUAACAUAUAUUCUUGUGGAAGGGCAUUUGGGUUGAUAGACAGAGAAGGUAUGAUUCAAUUACUAAAGAUGGAACGUAAAUUCAUUAACAUUCAUUAUAGAUCCGAAUUUCUACGAAGCCCAGGCUGUUGUAUUAAGUAACAUGGGUUCACACAAACAGGCACUUGAAAUAUAUGUAUUCAAGAUCAAGGACUUUGAGAAGGCCGAAGAGUGAGUAUCCGAGCUUGACUUUUGUUGAGAUUGCUUAUGCUAACAUCCUCAGAUAUUGUAACAGGGUCCAUAUGAACCAAGAAGCUUCAACAUCAUCACCAGUCCCAACACACCGCGCAUCGAGAUCAGAGAAGGGUGACCCUCUACCAUCUAUAUAUCACACCCUUCUUUCUCUUUAUCUUAAGCCAUUACCUCCAUAUAAACCUAACUGGCCACCUGCUUUGCAGCUUCUAUCAAGACAUGGAUCACGUCUACCUGCAUCCUCUACCCUUGAUCUGAUUCCGGAAAAACUUCCUGUGGCAGAACUCGAAUCAUAUUUCCGUGGUCGUAUACGAGCCGCAAAUUCGAUCGUCAAUGAAUCUCGGGUCGUGGCAGGAUUGAGAAAAAGUGAAGUUGUGCGUGCGCAAGCAACGUUAUUGCUAGGUGACGGUUUACCCAAUGGUCAAGGGGGGAGGAAUAGGAGAGUUGUCGUAAGCGAUGAGAGGGUAUGUGGUGUUUGUCAUAAGAGAUUGGGAGGUAGUGUUAUUGCGGUCUUGCCGGAUAGUUCGGUUGUACAUUAUGGGUGUUUGGGUCGAGCAAAUGUUCAACGUCCAUCUUCGUCGCGAGGCUCGUGGGGAGGACGAUAAUAUUUAGCUUGUGUGAAUGGUGAUGGUUACACAGCGAUGGAGUUUUUGGAGGGAUUGGCAAUGUAGCAUCGAGCAUUAUAAUCAUGAAAUAAUUCAAUCAUCCUCUUCCACAACCUCUUCACCAUAAUUAUC